AUGUACAGUACUACAGCAAGAGGAAUUCCAGCUGGAACGCACAACCAGGAAGUAAGAUGGAACGAACAACCAGGAAGUCAGGUGGAACGCACAACCAAGAAGUCAGGUGGAUCGAACUGCCAGGAAUUCAGCCAAAGCUAUCUCCUCUUCUUCCCUAAGAGAGUGAGGAGUGGAUCAGCCAGGAAUGCCGUGGCCGGCCAACUCUUAUCAGUCGGCACUGCUGUGACUGUGUUUAACUUUAAUGCUGUAAGGUUAGGUGUGGGUGAAUCCUGUCUACAAGGGACAGAUUCCUAUUCUGAUCAUUCCACUGACCCACUGAGGAUGGGCAAGGACAGGAGCCAGAUGACGGAGAAGAUAUUAAAUCUCACCUUGGAGAUCAUCUACCUGCUGAUUGGAGAGCAGUAUACAGUAGCAAGGAAGACAUCUGGUGAGACACCCAGCAGCCAUCCCAGCGUAUCCGGAGGACUGAGCAGGACCCAGAGCCCCAUCCCGGUGCCUCCACCUCACUCACUGACACAUGAGAGGCACAAUGACCAAAAGAUCCUGGAACUCACCAACAAGAUCAUUCAGCUGCUGACUGGAGAGGUUCCUAUAAGGUGUGAGGACGUCACGGUCUAUUUCUCCAUGGAGGAGUGGGAGUAUAUAGAGGAACACAGGGGUCUGUACAAGGACGUGAUGAUGGAGAAUCACCGGACCCUCACAUCACCGGGAAUACACAGAGGUGGAGAAGACGUCUGGAAAGAGUGCGACACCCAGGAGCCAUUACUGUGUGUCGGGGGAACUGAGCAGUCUCUAGGCGUGUCUCCUACAGGCGGAAUCAGUGACACAAGUACCCCGGAGAGAUGCUCCAGUCCCCUCUGUUCCCUGGAUCGGGCAGAGGAGAGUCACAGUGUCCUACAGGAGGACCAGAAUGAAAACCAGAUUGAUAUUAAGAUUGAAGUAAUAGAACAUGAAGAAGAAGAAGAGGAAGAAGAGAUGUAUGUGAGGGGUGAUCAGCAGUGUAAGGAGGAGGAAAUCCCUACAGAUAUCAGUGCCGCAGAAACCAAUGAGGACAAAGCAUCCACGGUAAUGUCUCCAGGGCGCCCCCAGGGGUUUUGCCAGUACCAACCCUCGGAGAAAUCAUCUGGUAUUAACCACCAAAGCCCACCGCAAGCCAGCACCUACCAGCCUACGUUGCAGCCUGUCCCCUGCCUCCAGUACCACGGACCUGGAAGCAUAUUCUCCCACCCAGACGGACAGACAAGCAGGAAUAUCUCGCAGGGACAUCUCAUUCCAUCUCCGGAUCACAUAGAAGAUAACGACAUCAGACGAAUUCCACAAUGUGAAAAUGCCAUCACUACAAAUAUACAUCCGGUGCACCGCCGUGCAGAUCUAUCAUCUGGUCCGUCUACAUGUGGGAGAUACUUUCCUGGCAACUCCGACUUUACACGUAUUACGUCUCAUAGCGGUGACCAGAUGUUUGCGUAUGCCAAUUACAAUCAGCGCUUCACCCUUCCCACAAAUCUUAUCACACAACAGAGACGUCACGCAUUGCAGACUCAGUUUCCAUGCUACGAGUGCGGGAAAUGUUUUCCAAACCCACCAAGUUUGGCCGAGCACUGGAAAACUCACACCGGCGCCCAGCAGUACCUCUGCUCUGAGUGUGGAAAGUGGUUUGUGAGUAAGUCAGACUUUGCCGCCCACCAGAGGAUGCACGCCUACGAGAGGCCAUUUUUCUGCUCUGAGUGUGGGAAAUGUUUUACGCAGAAGGCGGAGCUGGUAAGGCACCGGCGCUAUCACACUGGGGAGAAGCUGUUCUCCUGCUACGAGUGCGGGAAGUGCUUUAUAAAGAAGUCCGACUUCGCCAGGCACCAGAGGUACCACACGGGAGAGAAACCGUUCUCCUGCUGCGAGUGCGGCAAGUGCUUCUCGCAAAAGGCAGAUUUUGUCAGACACCAGAGGAUUCACACCGGGGAGAAGCCGUUUCCCUGCUCCGAGUGCGGGAAGUGUUUUACGCUGAAAGCGAAUCUCCUCCUCCAUCUGAGAAUUCACACAGGUGAGAAGCCCUACUCCUGCGCCGAGUGCGGGAAGUGUUUUGCACAGAAAUCCUAUCUCGUCAUCCAUCAGAAAACUCACACGGGGGAGAAGCCCUAUUCCUGCUCCGGUUGCGGGAAAUGUUUUACACAGAAAUCAAGUCUGGCCAGACACGACAGAAUCUACAAACAUUCACAGAAACUGUAGCGGUCACCGGUUCCAGCAUCUCUCCCUGACAGCCACCAGAUAUCUCUUUAUAAGAAGGUUGGGAGCUUUCCGACAUUGCUCCCCCGGAGACUCUGCUGUUUAGUCAGUGAUCAUCACAGUUCACGACCAACCACCAGUUGUCCACCCAAGAAAGUGGAUCUGGCUGGCUAGUACCUUCGUGGAGACAGAUCCAUGAAUUUGGAACCAUAAAUCAAAUUGACUGAGGAGCUAAUGAAGUCACCUGUGGCCAAGCAUGGAUGAACCUAAAACCUGGACCUUUGGGGUGCCUUGAGGACCACGUUUGAGACCCUCUGGACUAUUGUAUGCCUGCAUAAUUUAUAUUUAUUCUUAUAGGAGCAUGUCAGCUAUUUGAAUUCAUUUUAUUUAUUUCUGAUGACGGUUUAUGAUACAGGAUAUGUCGUCAAUAUAUGUAAUAUUUAACUGCGGAAUAAACUGUACAAGAAAGUAUCCGUGUGUAAGAGACUGCAGCACUCUGGAAAGUCCAGCUACAUUCAUCGCCAAGAAUUGUCGAGGGCUUGGUUACGAAAUAUCGACAGUUUUAAUUUCAACGUUGACUGUGUCAACACUCCUGAAGACAGUAAUGAAAUGUCUUAGCCUAACCCUAAUGUCCAUGUUCUGACAGUGUUGACAUUUCACCUGUCGACGGUCUGAGAGUGUCGACAUUUUAUCAUUGCUGAUAUAACUGUCAACAUUGUGAUGCCGACCUUUUCACUUUAUCCCCCGAUAUAAAGCAGAAUUUUCUAUAUCUGAGGAUUGUACGAUUACCAGUCACCAUUUAUUUAUUUUUUCCUUUUGAUAUUUUUGCUGCUAAUUUUGUUUUACCAUCGUGUGUCCUAUGAUGCCAUAUAAAACAGUUUAUUUUUU